AGCAGGAGUUUACAGCUGAAGGGCAGAAAGGGAGCUGAGGACAGCCAGUGGAGCAGGAGGCAGCAGGAGCGACUGUGGGCGGAGAGAGAGGAAGUGUGGUCGACAGGAGAGGAAUUUAAAGUCCCAUUGUUCUGGAAGAGCGGCAGCAGACGGAGCAGAGGAGCCGAGGAGACAGCCCGCCGACACACGCCGGACAGCAUGGAUGUGAGCUCAGCCAUGGAGAAGAUGUCUAUAAAGCAGACUACAGGAGGUGCAGGAGGAGGGGGACGUGCAGCAAUGUGUCUCAUUUGUAAGGAGAGCUGCUCUGGUUUUCAGCCACAUUCUUGGAGAAAAGCCUGCACGGCCUGUGGCUGCAGCACGGUCGACCACGCUCCUGGAAAUGACCUCGAAGACGACCAGCGGAUGGGACGCCUGCUCACAGACUCGCCCUUCUCCCAUUUGACCACGAAGAUUAAAGGAGGUGGCGGCCUUCGCUUGUACAAGAGAAACCGUAUGAUCGUGACCAAUCCAGUGGUGUCACGCAAAGACCCAACUUUCAACACCACCACAUACGACUGGGCGCCAGCCGGCCUCAACCAGAAACUGGCCAUGCAGUACAUGGAGCUCCUCCCAGAGAGUCAGAGGCCGGUCUCAGGGACCAUUGGAGCGCUGGCACGACGCAGACAGCUCCUCAGCCAGCUCCCUGCCUAUGAUCAGGACCCCAUGAAGUGUCAGAGCCUGGCCAGUGAGGAGGAGAUUUCCUCCAUGCUGCUGUUUGUGAAGCAGUACAAACAGGAAGUGCUUGGAGUAGGUGAGGUGGCCUUACCUGGUGAGGGUGGGGCUUUGAGUGAGGCAGCCAUUCAGAGGGCAGCAAAGGAGGCCAAGGAACGCAGCAGCAGCGACAAGAAGGAUGCUGCUCAGCAUCAGGACCAUGACUCAUCUAACAGCAGCAUGGCCUCCUCCACAAAUGGGACAGACUACAGCGAUAAGACUGAAUAUCGGUGCACUGGCUGCCAAGAUGAAGUUACCAAGGAGAGUCCGGCUGUGUAUGCAGAGCGUGCAGGUUACCAUGCCGCCCUGUGGCAUCCCAAGUGCUUCGUGUGUUCAGAGUGCGGCCAGAUGUUGGCUGACCUGGUCUACUUUUGGUCCAAUCAGAAGCUGUUCUGCGGACGGCACUAUUGCCAGACGGUGUGGCCACGGUGCUCAGGCUGUGAUGAGCUGAUUUUCUGCCGGUCUUUCCUCACAGCGAAGGAUGGACAGAAAUGGCAUCAUCAUCAUUACUGCUGCUGGAAAUGUGGGCAAACCCUGGAUGCACCCUGUCAGCACUGAUGCACAGGAAUCAACACAAAAUAUGGUGUUCAAUUUAAAGAUUUUAUCACAGCCAAAAAAAACAAAGUAGUGCACUUGUUUUUAUAUGAUAAAAUGAAAUAAGUAAAUUUUAAUUAUAUACAAUAAGUAGGCCUGAAAGUCUUUAAAUUAUAUGAUCAGUGGACAUUUUGGUAAAUGCUCGUUCCUAUAAAAACAUCCAGCUGAUUUAUUCAUGUUUGAAAUACUUCCGCUGAUAUUGAAAUACUCGGUGAUUGCUGGCGUUCCAAGUUCUUAAGGAGCUGUUUGGUUUAUACAAAAGUGUUUAAAGUACUUCAAGAAAUAUUUUGUUGAUGUUCACAAUGAUGGAAAACAAUAGUUCUGGUUUUAGCCUGCAGAUUUGGCUCAACUGUGAGAUCAGUAAUUAUCUUAAAGUAUCUCAAGAAAUGGAUGAUGUUGAUUCCUCGAGAUUUAUUUUGUCUUUCAUGAGGUUUUUUCUUUAAGCCCAAACUGUGCUCCCGUCCAAAUACUUUUCACUGUGUUUCAACAAUUCAACAGUGCUCAGACUGCUGCAGUCAUGAAACCAGUGGAAGAUUAAAAAAGGGUCAAGGGGCAGAACAGGACGUAAACACACUGAUGUAACUGUGAUCGAUGGCGUCACACUUUUGAAGUUUUUUUUGAAGGGUGAUACUGAAAAAUAAUUUUCUUAUGAAGUCAUUUUUGCCUGUAAUUGAAGCCUGUAAAGUUUUAUUUCCUCAUAAAAGUGAAUCAGUGUGUUUGGUUUUGAUAGGAAGAAUUAUUAAACUGAAUUUUAUUAUUUUCUACUUUAGCAGUGAACUUUAAACUUCCUCAAUAGGUAAUAGUUUGCAGAAAAACUAAGUUUAAAAGAGUAAAAAUAUGUAACAGUUGAUAUACAGUGGGUACAGAAAGUAUUCGGA